GUGUUAGUGCGCUUGCGUGACUGAAAAACGAAAGGCGGGGAUGGUCAUUAAUCGAAGAAAUCUGACGGCAGCCAUAACCCCAAAGUGUUGUUAUUUUUCUGUACGAGUGGUCGAUUAUAUUGUGAAAAAUGUCCCAUUGCAGUUUUUGCAAAAAACGAAAAGAAAAAUAUGAUCAUUUAUCUUUCCACGGAUUUCCCACCGAUGAAUCGAUACGUAAUCAAUGGAUUCGCAACAUUGAUCAACCAAGUUGGAAACCCUCGUCAAGGGACAGAUUGUGUUCUGAACAUUUCGAAAAGGAAUGUUUUGAAUUCAAACCCAACUUCAACGGUUCUAAAACACGGUUGAAAAAAGGUAGUAUUCCAACGAUCUUCGAACGAAGUAAGGAAAAUGAGGCUAUGCAUAUGGAAAACAUCAGCAGUAACCCCAAAAAACGAGUAAAAUUAUCUGAUGAUAUCACGGCCGACAAGUUUCCUUUGUACAGAUCUCCUCUCAGGGAAAGUUCUGAUAACACUUCGAUCAGAGUACAGGGAAUGAAGCCAUCUAUUCUUACUGCGAAGAACAACGUUCCACUUAACCCAACGUCAACAUUGUUAGCAUCAACUACAGCUCAAAAAUCAUCGAAUUCAACGCAAUCAACUCAGUCUCAUUCAGCAGAAUCAACGAGUCAACCAAUUUGUAGACAAUUGACACCGGCAGGUCUGAAUCAAAUGUUUCACGGCAUCAAUAACGAUCAUACUUAUACAGCAGGCACCGAUUCACGGAAAACGAAUCCAGAAAAAAAAAACAAAAUUGCCAAAUUGAACAAAUUGACAAAGCAGAAGUAUGCACGGGCUUGUCAAAAAUUGGAACGCUGUAAGAAGAUCAUUGAAAACCUUCGUCAAGUACCUGAACUUCAAAAUGCUUUGCGUGAAGUACUUGAGAACAAUUUCCAAAAUAUUAUUUAUGACGAUACAGUUUCUAUGCAGAACUAAUUUGAGGAAAUUUUGAGGGAACAAAGAAGAGUUGGUGGGAUCAUCCUCAAGGAAAAAACCUCAUCAUGGCGCGAGUUCUCAAUUAAUUUAAUUGUCUUCUUAAAUUGUACAUAUAUAUUUUUUUACCCUUUGCUGAGUGAAUUCUACGGUUGUUUCAUAUAAAAUAAAAAUCGACAUAA